GAAGUGGGAGGGAAGCACGGAUGUGCAUGAGGAGGGGGAGGGAAGAAAGGGAGGAAAAGAGGCAAAGAAGUUGUAAAAAGUGGGAAGAGUCCGAGACUUUAGUUUGGAUCUACUCUUCUGUUUUUUUCCCCUCCUCCCCUCCUCUGUCGUACUCCUAAUUUGGGAUUUGUUUAAAAUCAGGACUGCUCCUCUUGGACGACGUUUCCUUGCUGGGUGGAAGGGAACUCUUGCAUGAUACAAACGCACUUGCCCCCCUCCACCCCCCCAAAAAUGUCCGAUUCCACUGUCAACGCUCACUUGGAGGGGAUCAUAUCAGACUUUGAAGCUCUGAAACGGUCAUUUGAAGUGGAGGACACAGAUUCAUCCGCACUCCCCUCACCCCUGUCCCGUCGGACCACCAACCCACUCCGCUCAUCAGUGUCCUCCACAUCCAGCCAGAGGAGUUAUGACCUGAUCUCCCGCAACUCUGACUACUCUUCCACCAAAUCAUCACCCUCUGACUCCAAUCCACGUUCUCCGAAAACCGGCAUGAGGCGCAUUGAGUUAUCAGGGGCCCGCAAUCCCGAUGCAGUUUCUUCUCGCCGCACGGAAAUCUCCAUCGAUGUCUCCUCCAAGCAGAUUGACAACUCACCCAGUGCCGGCAUUGCCCGCUUUGGCCUUAAACGACCUGAGGUGAACCUGGGGAGUCGGAGCACACAACCCGACAGCUCCACAAAUUCCAUCUCCAGCUCCGCAAAUAGGCGAGCAGAACUUAGCAUGACACGGCCGAUUGAGCCGCCAGCACCCCCAAGAAGGAUGGACGCCCAGCUUUCCUCUACUCCAGUCUCUCGGAUCCCCGAGCCGCCUCAAAGAAGAAUGGAGCACCCUCCAUCCAACCUGGAGGUAGCCAGGAGGCCGGAGAUACCGACGUUCAGACAGCCAGAUGGUUUGGUGCCAGGCGCCGUUAUGGAGAACAGCAGCCACCCACCUCCUGCACCCAGUGCGCCUCUGCCCUCCCUGGAAGACAGCAGGGUGGAGUGGGUGCAGCCCACUGUCACAGAGACCCCCACAGCCAGACCAACAGAGAAGUCGGAGGUGAUUUCCAGCUACAGCAGCAGCUCCAUGACCGAGGCAGUGGUGCCCGAUGCCAUGGCAUCGUACGGCGAGCGAGCCGGCGUCCCUGUGGUGGACUUCACUUAUGUGGGUAUUGAUGCUAUUCUGGAGCAGAUGAGGAGGAAGGCCAUGAAACAAGGUUUCGAGCUCAACAUCAUGGUCGUAGGACAGAGUGGCUUGGGAAAGUCCACUUUGAUGAACACGCUGUUCAAGUCUAAAGUCAGUCGUAAGUCUGUGAUGGCCACAACCCAGGAGAAGAUCCCGAAGACGAUUGAAAUCAAGUCCAUCAGUCAUGACAUCGAGGAGAAGGGAGUGAGAAUGAAGUUGACCGUUAUUGACACACCUGGAUUUGGGGACCAGAUAAACAACGAGAACUGCUGGCAGCCCAUUAUGAAAUUUAUCAACGACCAGUAUGAGGCGUAUCUGCAGGAGGAGAUAAACAUUAACAGGAAGAAAAGGAUCCCGGACUCGAGAGUUCAUUGCUGCAUAUACUUCAUCCCGCCUACUGGACACUGUCUGCGGCCUCUUGAUGUCGAGUUCAUGAGACGUCUCAGUAAGGUGGUCAACAUUGUUCCAGUUAUUGCCAAAGCGGAUACACUCACCUUAGAGGAGAGGGACUUCUUCAAAAAAAAGAUCAGGGAAGAGCUCCGAGCCAAUGGCAUCGACAUCUACCCUCAGAAGGAGUUUGACGAGGAUGCCGAGGACAGAAUGAUCAACGAGAAGAUCAGAGAGAUGAUCCCCUUUGCUGUGGUGGGCAGCGAUCAGGAGUACCAGGUGAAUGGCAGGAGGCUGCUGGGGAGGAAGACCAAGUGGGGAACCAUUGAAGUUGAGAACAUAGCCCACUGUGAGUUUGCCUAUUUACGGGAUCUCCUCAUCAGAACCCAUAUGCAGAACAUUAAGGACAUCACCAGCAGCAUCCACUACGAAAUGUACCGCGUGAGGCGCCUUAAUGAGAACAACACAGCGGCCAAUCACGCCAACGGUGUGCCAGAACAUCAUCAUCUCACCGCCCAUGAGAUAUAGCCGCACCGUCCUUGAUCCUCAACUCCCCAAUUCGGUAUGAGACUUUGGCCCAGAUGCCAUGACCCCCCCAACCCCCCCACCCCCUCCCCAACGCCACUCCAUCCAGCCCCGUCUUACAGGUGGGCUAGACACUUUAAAGUCCUGACAGAGGCACUUUUCUUUGUUUCCAGUGACUUUCUCUCACUAGCGAGAGUGAAGAGUUGUCCAUUUUAACCGCUUUUUUCAUCCUAAAGUUCCUGAUGGAUUCACCUGAGGUUCCCAAACAGGUCAGCAUGGACUGAUGUUCUGUAAUAAUCUUGUACACGUUUACUUUCUCAAGGUUGCUUUUGCAGUGCUGCCCUGUGGUUUGGACUGCACUUGAUCGCUACAUCCGUGUCUGACAGACUCCGUGCGUGUGUGUGUGUGUGUGUGUGUGUGUAUGACGAAUGCCAUAUCAUCAUUCAGUGUGCAAAAAGGUUGAGGAGAAGGAAGAUGAAAAUAGCACAUAUGGUAUGUUUGGUUCCCUUUGCCACAAGCUGCAUUUGCUCACACGUUAAACAUGAAUACCUGGACCUUAAUGUAUGGGUUUUUGAAUUCUCAGUACUCUCUGCCACUGUUUUAUAGCAAUAUCUAUUUAUGCACCACAUCAAAUAUCAACAUCAUAAUUUCUACGACAAUCCCGGUUGGCUCACUCAAAUUGUGCCUUAUUUAUUGGAUUUUCGUUUGGCCAAAGCUGAACAUUUUAAUGCCAUCAUUUAAAAACGUGUUUAAAGAUCAUUGGCUCUCCAUUUUAGUCUAUUUCCCAAGCAUCUAUGUCACUUUCAUUCUUGCUUAAUUUCCUCAAACUGCCAUACUCUGUAUGUGUAUUCUGUUUUUGUAUUUGUAUUAUUGAUAAUAACAAAAAGUCCCUUUAUCUUAUUUUAAAGAAAUAAAGAUUGUUGUUGUAAACGUGUCUCCU